AUGAUUGAGCAAAUUAGAAAAGAUUUUGGAAGUCAAGGUCAAACAUAUGCAACAAAUAAAGAUCAAGGAAUUAUUCCUGUAAGCGCUCAAAUUUCUAGCAAUAUUUGGGCAAAUUACUACUACGAUACUGAUUCAAAAGAAGAUUUUACUGAUAUGAAAAGAAGAAUGUUAUUUCAAACUAAUGAAUAUAGAAAAUUACAUAAAGUCCCUGAACUUACACUUGAUUCUACGCUUGCUAAUGAAGCUCAAAAUUAUGCUAAUUAUAUUGCUAAAAUUAAUCGUUUAGAACACGAUCCAAAAAAUAAACAAAAUGGAUGGGGAGAAAAUCUUGCAAUGGGUUCAUCCUCAGUUGCAUACUUAGCAGUAAAAUGGUGGUAUGAUGAAAUUAAAAAAUAUGAUUUUAAUAAACCUGGAUAUCAAGCAGGAACUGGACACUUUACACAAUUAGUUUGGAAAGGAACAUCAAAAGCUGGUUUUGGUGUUGCUGCUAAUGGCGGUAUUGUUUAUAUUGUUUGUAAAUACUCUCCACCUGGAAAUUAUUUAAAUCUAUUUAGUGAAAAUGUUUUUAGACCAGUUCGUCAAUAA